UCCAUGUCCAGGAUCUGAACCUGUGAACCCUGGGCCACCAAAAUGGAGGGUGCUAACUUCACCACCACGCCACGGGGAUGGCCCCACACUUCUGUUCUUUUUGAUCCUUCUCUUAUCCAUGUGAAGCAGUCAGGGCAGGCUGGUGACCUCUACUGUCUCAAUGAGGACGCCGAGGAUGCCGGAGAGGGAGUGAGGCACUCAGCGUCACAGGCAGAUUAUCAGCAGAGACAAGAUUUGAAUGUAGGUCCCUCGUCCCUAAAUUCUGGGUGCCUGCACUUGACCUUGGCAGUGUAGAGAAAGCAGUGGGACAAGGGCAUGGGAUUUGGUAUCUGAGAGCCCUGGUUUCAGAUCUAAGCUUUGUUCCUCACAGCCUGUUCACCUUGAGCAAGCUUUUUUUUUUUAAGCAUUCUGAGCCUCAGUUUCCACACUGGUAAAAUGGAGACAAUAUUGACCACCUCCCAGGAUUGUUGUGGGGUAUAAAUGAAGCAACUGUCAGCCUGGUACAUAAAGAGGUACUCCGUGAAUUUUAGUUUACUUUCCCCCCUUUCUCCAGCUCGGGGCCCAGGCAUAGGUGAGCAGCUCAGAGGGGUGGGUGUGGUGGAUGGGGGUGACAAAUGGACAGGCUGGGUUCCUCCAGGGAGGCGUGCAGAGACAGCAGGAACCAAAUGUCAUUGUGAGGCCACUCCCGAUUUAUGGGAUCUAGAGCAGAGACUUUGAAGAGGCCAUAAAAUUCAUAUUCUGCUAGGAAAUGACAACAGCUGAGGUCCUGACUUAGCAAACCAAAUUCUACAAUUAUUACGUUUUUUUUUUACAAGUAAGGAAUUCCGGAUGGGUAGCAAAAAUUGCAUUCUAAUGAGAUUAGCUUUCCAGAAUGGGAAUAGGCUUUCCCGAGACUAACAUGCCAACACCCCACGGAGAGUGUAUAUAAACGCCCAGAGAGGCCUCGAGAGUCCAGAACCAGCGCUCCUUGCUCAGCCGAGACCUCCCUCUGUGAGCAUCAUGGCCACCCAGAUCUGCUCCCCGAUCUUCUCCUCCGGCUCUGUCAGGGGCCUCUGUGGCACAGCAGGUGGCAUCUCUCGGGUGUCCUCUGUCCACUCUGUGGGCUCCUGCAGGGUCCCCAGUCUUGCUGGGGCUGCGAGGUCGGCCUCCUCUGUCAGGCUGGGCCUCUCCGGUCUUGGGAGCUGCUUGCCCGGCUCCUACCUGUCCACUGGGUGCUACCCCUCUGGCUUUGCUGGGAGUGGCACCUGGUUCUGCGAGGGGUCCUUCAAUGGCAACGAGAAGGAGACCAUGCAGUUCCUGAACGACCGCCUGGCCAACUACCUGGAAAAGGUGCGCCAGCUGGAGCGGGAGAACGCGGAGCUGGAGAGCCGCAUCCGGGAGUGGUACGAGUCUCAGAUUCCGUACAUCUGCCCAGACUACCAGUCCUACUUCAAGACCAUCGAGGAUCUCCAGCAGAAGAUCCUGCUGACCAAGGCUGAGAACGCCAGGCUGGUCCUGCAAAUUGACAACGCCAAGCUGGCUGCUGACGACUUCCGGACCAAGUACGAGACGGAGCUGGGCCUGCGGCAGCUGGUGGAAGCCGACACCAACGGCCUGCGCAGGAUCCUGGAUGAGCUGACCCUGUGCAAGGCCGACCUGGAGAUGCAGGUGGAGUCCCUGAAGGAGGAGUUGGUGUGCCUCAAGAAGAACCACGAGGAGGAAGUCAAUACGCUCCGUUGCCAACUUGGGGACCGACUGAAUGUGGAGGUGGAUGCAGCCCCCACAGUGGAUCUCACCAAGAUUCUGGAUGACAUGAGGUGCCAAUACGAGGCCCUGGUGGAGAAUAACCGUAGAGAUGUGGAGUCCUGGUUCAACACCCAGACCGAGGAGCUGAACCAGCAGGUGGUGUCCAGCUCGGAGCAGCUGCAGUGCUGCCAGACGGAGAUCAUCGAGCUGAGACGCACGGUCAACGCCCUGGAGAUCGAGCUGCAGGCCCAGCACAGCAUGCGGAAUUCCCUGGAAUCUACCCUGGCGGAGACCGAGGCGCGCUACAGCUCCCAGCUGGCCCAGAUGCAGGGCCUGAUCAGCAACGUGGAGGCCCAGCUGGCCGAGAUCCGCUGCGACCUGGAGCGGCAGAACCAGGAGUACCAGGUGCUGCUGGACGUCAAGGCCCGGCUGGAGUCGGAGAUCGCCACCUACCGCCGCCUGCUGGAGAGCGAGGACUGCAAGCUGCCUGCCCACCCUUGUUCCACGGAGUGCAAGCCUGCCGUCAGAGUUCCCUACAUCUCCACGGGGCCCUGCGCCCCGGGUUCCCAGGUCAGCGCCCAGAUCCGCACCAUCACCGAGGAGAUCAGAGACGGGAAAAUCAUUUCUUCCAGGGAACACAUGCAGCCCUGCCCGCUGUAACCAGCCUGCCCGGCCCACUGAGGCGGGCCCUGGCCCACAGGAAGGAGGACACCCCUGUGGCUCCUGGCUCUAAAUGACCCCCCUUCCCUAGAGGGGCUCCCCGCUCAGCAGGUUUUUCUACCAAAAUACUUCUGAUGUUGUGUUUCUAGACUUAACUGCUUUUACGCCAUGCAAAACUAGGUUUCCCUGGAAAUUUCCCCAAUAAAGUGUGUUCUCUUGGCAUAGCAAACUUGACUCUGUCUAUUUUCACCUGCUGACUUAGUGCUUGAUCAUGGGUUGCAGUAAGCUCGUGGGUUUUGGCUCUGAGUCUUUCCUGGCUCUGAGCAGGAACAAUGACAGGGUGAUUCAAAUAUUUAAUAACGGGGCAACCCCAGGCCCUGGUUCACAAGAACAGACACUGAUCUGAUCCAGAUGGGCGCUGGCUGUAACCCACAGGCUGGGCCCUGCCCAUAGGUGCCCACCUGGGGGUGGCACAGGCCCCCAGGCCCAUCCUCCUUGCCAGCCCUGCCUGGAUCUGGUGGUCAUCUCUGUCUUAUUUUCAUCUUCUCCUUCCUUGUCCAGCUCCCGUCACCUGCUGGCCCACCCUCAGGCCUGACACUGGGGAUAGCUCUGGAGAUGGGGUUCCAGGACCAACCGGGGAGAGGCAAACUCUGGGUGGCCAGCCAGGGCCCCCUACCGGAGUCGGGGUGAGCUGAGAGAUGGAGGCGGGAGGGCAGGUGAAGCCACGUCUCUGACACUGGAAUCAGGGCUGCAGUGAGGGGCAGCAGGGACAGUGAGGUGUGCAUGGGUCUCAGGCACAGAGCAGAGCCUGGGGAGCUCGCUGUGGGGCAGCUUCAGAGUGUGUCCUGGAUUCUACGGUUGAGCUCAACCAUGGCAAGCCCUGGACAGCCCUUUGCUCAGAGAAGUGUGGCCUGUGAGAAGUCCGAGGGCCCUACGUCUCCUUUGUCCCUCUGCCUCAGGUGACUUGCCCCAGGCCACACAGCGGUCAGUGGCAGAGACAGGCCAUUGCUCAGCUAUUCUGAAGGUAACUCUGGUGCUCUUCCCAGCACACAGUUUCCCACCUCUCUCUUUCAACGUGCGUCUUUAACCACCUGCCAGACAAGCCAGAGGUGCAGCAAACGCAUCUCAGACCGUAGGGGAGGAUGCGCACAGGCGGAAUGGGAGCAGCCCAGGCUGAGCCUGGCUCUGCCCUGGGCGGUGGGUGCCCAGUCAUGAGGUCCCUGCUGUUGGCUGGUUCAUUUGUGAAAUGGGGCUGCCGGGAUGCUCCAGUGGGACAAUGUGUGUCAGCACCCGGGAAGUCAUAGCUAUGAGUGUUGGUGUUAAAUGAAGACUGCCCAGGCUGAGAGUGGGGAACAGGAGACUUCAGCAGGUGGGCCCAAGCUCUUUGAUUUCUUAUGUGGCAGGACACCGUGGGGCCUGGUCUGCUUGCCAGCAGCACCCUCGGAGCUGGACAGUGGAGCUGAAGGCCUUGACCCCAGAGGAUCUACCGGCUUUGGGGCAAGAGGCCGGGCAGGAGGGCCAGUCCACAUGGUCUCACCCUGUCCUGCCCUGCCCCUCUCUGUGCUCCGUACUCCUGCUCUGAGCCUAGGGUCUGCAACUCCUGGCUCACCCGAGGGUCAGGAGAUGAGAAGAGGGCGGCCGGCACGCACCGAGCGCAUCGCAUCCCCGUUUGGGGGACUGUGUCUUCCGUUCUGGCCACGGCUCGAGCUGCCUUGCUACUGCAUUGGAGCAGGCACACAGACCACACAGCAUCGAGACCUGACAAACAAUCAGGCUGCCAACUCCUCACACCGUACAGUGUUCCCUUUUUAUGAGCACUCUACAGUUUACAGAGUGCAGUCACAGCCUCAUCUCAUGCCCUCAGACAGCCCAGUGUGGCUGCAGGCGCUUAUGGAUGUAGCUUUGCCUAACUUUUAUUAAAUUGUUCGGAGCGUCUGCAUCGGUUAGGGAAGCCCUUCUGCUCUCCACCUCACACACCCCCUUAAGCGAGUUCCAAUUUCAGUCACUAACUGAUGUGCACAUGAAUUCCACACUGUUGUGGACUGGGCAUCGCACAGCAAGUGGCAGACUCAGGACACCUUCUCAGAUCUUUUGACUCCUGUGUCAUUGCCCUUUCCUUGACAUCAAGAGAGAAAGGAUAUGAAAUAUUACAUUUUAUCAAAUUUCCCCAGUGUGAACAUAAUACUUUAUGUCAAGGCGGUCUGAUCAGCUAGACCAAAUAGUGGACAACAGGCACAGUCCCCAAGGAGCUGAUGGCCGAGCUGUGGAGACAACCCCAUGCACUACCACCCAGCACCAGGGAUGGCCGGCGGGGUGUGGGGCAGGCUGUCCCGUUCUCAGGCGGGGGAGAGAUCACUGAGAGCUGAGGAGACCAGGGAGGGUGUUAGGGGAGAAGCGGAACUGAUGGAACCCGUGAAGGACGGGCAGAAGGAGGAAGGAGGGCAAAGGGUAUUUAAGAGCAUGGCCAAGGGUAUCCAUGGCAUGUUCUGGGGACAGCGUGGACCCCAUCUGAACAGAGUGCAAAGGCCCUGUAGGAUUAUGGUUAUUAUUAUUACAUAUUAUUAUGUUAUGUGUUAAGCUACUUGCUAAACCACGUUAGGUCUUGCUGAUAAGAGGGUCUAGGUAACUAUUUUGUUCUAUUAAAAAGGAUGCUAAGAAAGAAUGGAAAUAGACCAGAACAAUUUACAUGCUACUUCAUAGCUUUAAAAAUAUUACUUAUAUGUUUUAUAAAAUUAUCCAAAAAAAACUUAUCAAGAAUUUGUAGCCACACUUUCAGUGCUGAAUUGACUUACGGGCUCUGUCCCCCUUUGGGCAGAAUGGCUUUCAGCCCCGGGAACACUUCGUUCUCUGCCGAAGGGGCUGGUUAGUCUGGGCAGGUGCUGGCCGCCUGCAGAGAUGCCAGGCUCUCGCCAUCACUGAGGCUCGGGUUCCCCAUCUCUAAGGGCAGGGACAGUAAGACGGACUUUGGAAGUAUCUUCCCUCCCUGCUCCCUGCCCACUUUUCUCUCCUUUCUUCCUCUUGCCCUCCCUUUCUAUGCUCCCUUCCUCUCAGAAUCCUUUCUUUGCUCCCUUAGCACAACUCACCAUGGGUAAAGCAAUCAUUCAUUCAUUCGUUCUGAAGCCCAGCACUGUGCUCGACACUACACAGGUUUCAAAAGAAGCACGAGGUCAGUCCUUGCCUCCAAGAGUUUACUGUCUCCCUGGGAAGAUGGGGUUGAAACACAGGACAAUUUGAGGACGGUUCCAAUGAAUGGAGGGCCUGCGGAUCCACCACCACUCACGGCCAUGGGUGUUCAGAGCCAGGACGGCACCACAGGGCUGGAGCAGGGAGCAGGCUCCAGGGAAAAGGCUGGGCUGGGGCUUGGCCCCCAGUGACCAUGGGGAUGGCCUCAGGCCUGGAGUGGGAAGGCCUGGGCUUCAGGCUCCCUGGGAAGACCAUGAGAAUGUUGGGUCAAGCACUCACCAUCCUGGGAGUUGGCACCCUUCUUUCCCUGGCUGAGUGGCAGGGUGUGUGGGAGCCUUAAAGGAGAGGGUGCACCUUGAACGGCUGCACAGAUGCUAGUUCUGCUGGCUCUGCUGCUCACUAGCUGUGUGACCUCGGGCAGGCUCCUGAAACAUUCUGAGCCUCAGUUGACUCAUCUAUUAGAUUGGGAUAUUGGUGACACUGAUUUCAUGAGGUUGUUGUGAGGGGUGAAGGAGAGAAUGCAUGGAGAGAGCUCAGCUGCUGUGCAGGGCCUGGCAGGUACUAAGCACUCUGUGAAUGAAGGCUAUUACCAUUAGCCUCAUUAAUAGGGCUGGGUCAGGGAGAGAAACCCCUUCCGGGCAGCACAAGUGUGGAGCCCUGCCUGGGAACCCAUGUGACCCCUGGAGGUAUAAACAGCAUGGGGCUUCCUAGGCCUUCACUGCUGUGGCUGCUCUGGGCUCUCUGGCUCCUGAGUGGCCCUGUUGAGCCCAGAGAACAUUUCUAGGAGGCUGGGGCUCAGAAGGGCUUGGGCGGAGCCCUGUACCCACAUGGGUGGGAAACACAAAUGCUCAAAGAGGUGCAGCCAGGCUCUCAGCUCAGCUGCGUCUUUGCACUGGGGCAUGGAUUUCCAGGGAGGAGAGGCCGAGGCAGCCAAUGGGGCCCUGGAUUGGGCUGGGCGGGUGCCGGUCACACCAGGUCCCUGGGCGUGGGAAGCGCACAGUGACUCAUGGGAGAUCUAUACUGGAGGGCCCCAAACACAUGCACCUGGCCCAUGUUUGGUUGCCUGUGUGCUCAGAGUCCAUCCCCACUCCCUAGCGACAGCUGCUUAGCAUCACCAAUCUGAGUAUAACAAGACCCCACCUGUGUGGGGACUGGCAAUCAGCAGCUGCCGUGACUGAGCACUCACGACGAGCAGGUGCUGUUCUAGAUGCUCCAAACUCAUGUAACCUCGCAGCAGCCCUGGGAGGUAGGUACCAUCCUCCUCUUCCCAGUUCACAGGGGAGGAAAGGGAGAUGGAGAGAAGCUAAGUCACACAGUUGCUAUGUGGUGGGGCUGGGAUUUGAACCCAGAGAGUUCACAUGUAACCAUGAUGCUGGGCUGCUUCUCCUGGGACACUGUGGCUGUUGGCCAUCCUCUUGUGGAGCCCACCCAACUCCAUCCUUUCUGUUCUCCAUGGAGCCCAACCACAUCCGGCAGCCCUGAUGGGAUUCUGGAGCAGAGGUGGAGGUGGGUGGUGUAGUGGAGAGGGCCAGGCCAGACUCGGGUUGGCAUCUUGGUUCUGCCAGUCAGUAGCUGGUGGCACUUCAGCAAGCUCUUAUCGUCCCCGAAUCUUGGUUUCCUCAGCUUUGGGGUGGGGAUAACAAGCUCGGGCUCAACAUGAGGAUUAACACGGUGCUCCGCUCACGGUCGUUCUCCGGAUGGGAAGAUGAUGCAUGUCUCCAGAAGAAGAAGCAGGACCCCAGACCGCGGGCCAACCAGAAGGGAAGUCCCAUGGGGCUCCGUGUGACGAGGCCCCUCCCCAGCGGCACCCGCCCUCUCGCUCAGCUCCCAGGCCCUCUCCCAGGUCUCACUUGCUUGGCAGAUUGGAUUUGCUGGGAAAAUAACCCACCCUUGUCAAGCUUUCUGGGCACCAGUCCAGACAACCUGCAUAGCAGGGAGAAACUCUGAAGGUUAGGCUCUCUGUGCCUCCCGAGCAGGCCUGUGAAUCAAGGCCACUCCCCUGUCCCCAGGCAACCAGAGGGAAGGCUUGUCCAUUUUUCCGCCAGGGCCUGGGAAGACAUACCUCCCUAUGCAUGGGAGGGGUCACCAUGGGCAGGUGCUCAGUUAGUCAGCCUCUGGUCAUUCUGGCUGGAGCUGAGGCUACACAAGCAGAACAGAUUUCCUGGUGAGGGACGGAGUAGGGAUGUGUCAUCGAGGCUUUGUUGUAUCUGGGGUGACCAAGCGUUCCGUUUUGCCUGGGACUAAGGAGUGCUCUGGGGACUAAGGAGUUCUCUGGGAUAUGGAAUUUUAUCACUAAAACCAGAACAAUCCUGGUGAGACCGGGAUAGUUGAUCCCCAUAGCCAUAUUUCCUAGGCCAUUCUAGAACCUUCUAUGUCUCAUCAGGUGUGAGGCACCUGCCUUCUUGCAACCACCAGGCUUGGUCUUCCAUCACCCAGGUGCCAACCCAGAGGCCUCCUCUACUCUCUUGGGUCCAUAAAAGGAGGCAAUGCUGGAGAAAGGCAAGACAGUGGCUGGACUCCCACACCUCUUAACAAGGAGUCUGAGGUCUGGGCUCUGAUGACAGGCCCCUUUGAAGAACAGACGGAGACUUGGUCUCCCGGGCGACGUGGGACAAUGGAGAUGAGUCUCGAAGUAGCCG